GGCGGCGUCGUGGUGGUCGUCGUGGUGGUCGGCGGCGGGAGCCACGGGCUUUAAAAAAACGUGGCGGUUGAAGAACAUUCCUUCCGCGGGAGCGAUUCAUGCCGCGGCGGCGAGGAAGCGAGCAGCCCGCCGAGCUGAGCGGUAAAUGCGGCCCCGUCCUCUCGACCGUUUCUCGUCACGAGAAGACGCGCGGGCCGCCCCUCCCGGGAGGGGCACAAGAUAUCCGGCGCCCUUUGGAGUUUCUCGUCCCUCGUUAACGUUUGCUGGAGGGCGGUUCGAGUGCGGAUGAUGAGCCGCCUGUGGACCCUGGACCGGCCCUGCACCCUGGUCCUGCUGGCGCUCGUACAGUUCGCUUUCGUCUUGUUCAUGUACCGACGGGUCUUCGGCGACGGGUUGACCGAGGGUUACCAGCCCGACGCCAGCAAGUGGGAUUACAGCAGGACUCGGGACGUGUACACUAACCUCAGCUUCUUCACCCCGAACCCGAAUCGGAAACGUUUACCUUUCUGUGCGGCCGUGUCGCCGUUGCUCGUUGGACCACUGACUAUCAGCUUUCAGAAAAUUCCAAACAUGAACAAGAUUGCAAGAAAAAAUCCGUAUGUUGGAGCUGGUGGACGGUACACUCCACCACACUGUCAAGCUCAGUAUAAGACUGCCAUUCUUAUUCCUCAUCGGAACAGAGAGCCACAUCUACGUCAUCUGCUGUAUUACCUUCAUCCAUUCUUGCAGCGUCAACAACUUCAGUAUGCAAUAUAUGUUAUUCAUCAGACUGGAAAUGGCACCUUUAACAGGGCAAAACUCUUAAAUGUUGGAGUGAGGGAAGCACUGAAGGAUGAGGACUGGGACUGUCUGUUUCUACAUGAUGUUGACCUUAUUCCUGAGAAUGACAACAAUCUGUAUGUCUGCAAUGAUCAAUAUCCCAAGCAUGUGUCCAGUGCUAUGAACAAAUUUAAAUACAGGCUACCAUACAGGAUGUACUUUGGUGGUGUUUCAGCUUUGACUCCUGAGCAAUACUUAAAAAUGAAUGGCUUUCCAAACACUUACUGGGGCUGGGGUGGAGAAGAUGAUGAUAUUUCUGCCAGGAUUUAUUUAUCAGGAAUGAAGAUAAUUCGAACUCCUAUUUCUCUUGGACAUUACAAAAUGAUCAUGCAUGAUAUGGACAAGGGGAAUGAAAAGAAUGAGAAAAGAUUUGACCUGCUGGUAAAAGUGUCCAGAUCAUGGAAAUUCGAUGGGAUGAACUCUGUAGAAUACAAAAUACUUAAGAAGGAAGAGUUUCCAUUGUACACCAAUAUUACAGCAGACAUAGGGAUUGACCCACGUUUGCGAAUGAAACUGCACCCCAAAAAAUAAACCACCUAAGUAGAUUGUUUCUCAAGCUGUUCUCAACACAACUGUAGACGAGGAAACCCAGUCUACCCAUGCUAAUUGAUUAGCAUUCUGGCCUUCCGCUUCUGAUUCAAAUCUAGCCAUGAAUGGCUAGAUUUUAAGUGAAAAUAAGUAAUGAACAUUUGUAAGUAAAUGAAACGGUUUGGGAAUGGACUCAGCAUAAAACUGCUCUAAAUGGUAUUCUCAAUGUGCUGUGUGUUGACACCAUAGCUGGAUCUCCCACUCAGCAGGGUGCUAAAUAAAGGUAAGUGCUGAAGACUGGAAUUUGAUUAAGGAAUUGACACUUGAGGGUAUUCAUUGACUCGGCUAUUUAUUAACACAAGGAAUGAACACAAGGAAUGUGUUAGUACUGUAAUUUUUGUCCCCUAUGACCUUUUUUGAGAUCUCUUGUUUGUACCAACACUGACAUUUCCAAAAAGACUACAAUGGAUGUACCUAAUAAUAAAAAGCCCUAAAUUUUAAUGGUAGGCCACAAGUCUACAGAAGGAUCACAUUCAGAAUUCUGUAUGGCAAGUGACUGGACUUGUCUAGAUCCUUGUUUUGUGUGAUUUGAAGGAUGUUGUCAAUUCAGUUGGAACAACAAUUACUGUAAGAAAUCUAUGUAAAUAAUGCAACAAUUUGAAAAAAAUCCUAGAUCAGAAAGUAUUUUACUAUAAAUUCUGCCUGGAAUCUAUGCAUGAGCUCUUCAUGUAAAAGACCUUGUGUGUUUGAUUCUGCAUAAGCUGGCAUCCAAUGCAGGUGAUUGGAAUUGUAUUCAAGUUAUUUUUUUGAAAAUUAUAACAAUUAAGUUAUUUAACUUAUUCUGUAUGAAAUGUUCUUUUGUUUCAGGUUUUGAAAGUUAGACCUAGAUAAGUGCCUCCUACUGUCUUUCCCUUAAAUUUACAAUUUAAGAAAUAUUAUAAAUUAUUUUGAAAAAGGAGCCAUGUCCCAUUCAAUUAGGCUUAAGUUGUGAGGGGUAACUUCCAAGGUAUUGUAAAUAAGCCUCAACACAAUGGUACUGGCAGUUCAGAAGGUAACUAUAAAUUGGUCUGUUAUAAAUCACACCUUCAGACAAUUGCAAAUUGCUUUUAGUGGAGAUGUAGAACAUGUUCAGUAGAAUAUAGCAAAUAUGCACUUUUGACAUUAAUAGCUCAUUUUGGUGAAGUUCACUUUUCUACCUCUUUCCUUGAUCAAUCUCGUCAAAAUAGAGACUAAUGGUGCUGUAGAUCGAGCUACAGCUUUCAGACAAGCGACUUGUUGGCUUGAAUCACAAGUUCCAUUCAAUCCCAUUCUGUGCUGAAUGGGCUGGUCUCAGCUGUGGUUGCAUGGGAAGGCGAAAUGACUCCGGCCUUGCUCGAGAUUCCUACUUUGUGUGCAUGUGGCAGCAAGCCACAUCCUCAGCUGUAAUGUUGUCUGCUGCUGAGGGGCCGGAUAAUACUUGCUGCCAGCACCCAUAGAAUUGAACCACAGCGAGAAGAGGCCGGAUCACAAGCAAUGUACUACUGGGAAUAAAAUUAGAAAAAAUUGGGCACACUAGCAUUUUUUUUUUAAAAUCUAGUCAAAAGCUGGGUUAGGUCUAAUAGAAUUCUGUAGCUAAAUAUUUGGUUUCAAAUUGCUGACAGUUUUCGGAAUGCAUAUAAUUGUCUUAUUUCAUAUGGUGUGAUAGUGUACAUUUCUAAAGAUUAGGCAUAAUUUAGUGCUGGGAUAUAUGAAGCUAAUUCUUGAUUUUAAAUAGAAUCACAAGUGCUCAUCUUACUUUAGUAUGAAGUGGAAAAGAGAUGGAUUACAAUGGAGCUAGGCUUGAUUUUAAGAUUCUAAUUGGAUAACAUACAUACGGCUGUUUCUAAUAUUCCCAAGAAGUUUGUACCAGUUUGACAUCUGCAGCCUUCAUAACCACAUUUAGUAUUUAGUAUGAAUAUUCCCAAACUGUAAAUGCAAGAAAUCUACCAUUUGCAACAUGUUGUCUUUACUGAUUGUUUAUUGUGGCCAUUGCUAGUUUCUUUCCUAGUUGUAGGUGUGAAUCAAUUGUUGAUAAAUUUGUCAGUGUUGAUUUCUUUACAUUUUCUCAACACUAAUGUAUUUUUCACAAGUGCUAGUUGGAAAAUGGAUAUUGAGCCAUAUUGCCAGUCAUUCACAUUGUUAUUGACAAUCUUUAAAAUGGCUUCACUUUCCAACCAUAUUUGCCCUAGACAGUCUAACACUGUUCCACAUAAACUUAAUUUUUGUACUUGUGCUGGUUAAUUGUUAUAAAUAAGUCUGCAACUGGUGUAUAUACUUAACUCCUUUUGCCUAUAUAUUUGAAAAUAAAGUUUUGAAUAGUUUUUA